AUGGAAAAUCUGGUAAAAAAGCGUCGUAAAGCAAUAUGGGAAGAUUACAAUCAAGAACUGGAUGAGAUCCCUAAAAUAAGGCGUUUGGAAAAAGUGCCCAGUGAUGAAGACGAUACAAAACAGGAAUCGACCACUUAUGAAAUUAAUCCUACUUCAAUUAUAUCUACAGUUAAUAGUGAAAACAAAGGUGCAGCUAUAUUGGCAAAGAUGGGUUAUGGCGGUGGUGGUCUCGGUAAAAGUGAACAAGGUCGUGUUGAUUUAAUCCCUUUAUCGACACAGAGAGGUCGCAUUGGUUUAGGCCAUAAGGCUACUACGGAUAUUGGGCGAGAUUUUGAAGCAAAAUGGGAUGAUUCUCUGGAAAUCAAAGAUGUGACGGAAACGGUAUUGUGGAUUUCAGCUGAUGAAGAUGUGCGUGUGGAUGUUAGACAUUCACUAUGCGAAGAAUGGAUAAUUGUUGGUGAUAGGAAGGAAAGAAUUGAUAAUGAAACUCAGUAUUGCUCUCAGAAUUUAUUAACUAAAAUGUUAGAAGCAAAAAAUGUAUUUGACCAUCUAAGCGAUAAAGAAUUAAGAGAAGCUCGUUCACGUGCAAAUCCGUAUGAAACUAUUGGAUCAGUUUUUUUUCAAAAUCGUGCCGCAAUGAAAAUGGCAAACAUGGAUAGAGUAUAUAACUGGCUACUUUCAAAGGAGGAUGCUACUUCGCUUGAAAAAAAGAAUCCUAUAAAAAAUAUCGACAUAAAAAAUAUCCAUUCCUCAAGAGCCAAAACUGGUCAAAACAUAGAUCGAGAAAGCAAGAUUUUUUAUUUCGCUGAUGUUUGUGCUGGACCUGGUGGAUUCACAGAAUAUAUGCUUUGGAGAAAAGGCUUUUACAAUGCUAAAGGAUUUGGUUUCACCUUGAAAGGACCGGAUGAUUUCAAAUUUGAACGAUUCGGUGCAUCUUCUCCUGCUUAUUUUGAGCCAUAUUAUGGUCCUCAUAAUGAUGGGGAUGUGACUAGACCAGAUAAUAUUGCUGCUUUUGCUGAGCUGGUGAAGAAGGCGACCAAUGGUGGUGUUGAUUUUAUGAUGGCUGAUGGUGGGUUUGGGGUUGAAGGUCAAGAGAAUAUACAGGAAAUUUUAUCAAAACGUCUUUAUUUAUGUCAGUUUCUCGUUGGCCUUUCUAUAUUGCGAACUGCUGAGGAAGGCAACGUAGGAGGAGUUUUUUUAUGCAAACUUUUCGAUAUAUUUACACCCUUUAGUAUUGGUCUUAUUUAUCUUAUGUAUAUUGCAUUUAAACGUAUAUCUAUACAUAAACCACAUACCAGUCGACCUGCUAAUUCUGAAAGAUAUAUUGUUUGUGAUGGUCUAAUCGAGGAUGGAAGAGCACUGAUUCGCGAUCAUAUGACUUCUGUUAAUAAUACUCUUCAGAAGCUAGUUGAUAGCAAUGAAAAACUUCUUGAUGUGAACGAAGUUGUUCCAGCUGAUAUAAUCCAAUCGGAUCGAGAUUUUAUGCACUUUAUAGUCAACCACAAUGAAAGUUUUGUUAAACGGCAAACGUUAUAUCUUAAUAAGUAUCGGGUUUUUGCAAAAAAUUCGGGUGAAAUCGAUAUUAGUCAAGGAAAGUUGCGAGAGGAAUGCCUUAAUUAUUGGUUAAUUCCCGAUAUUCCCAAAAGAAGACCCAACAAUAAAUUUGAAUCGCUCAGUGCUGCAGCUGCUCGCCUAUUCAAAAAGGUUGUCGAUUUUGAAGAUUUAUCACGUCCACCUUCAGUGUUUUGCGAUUCGGAAAUAUCGAAUCAUAAUGAAAAUCGAAUGCGAUUCGCUGAACUUCGUAUGUGUGCUCUUACAGAAAAGGAACAACCAUUUCUCCUAAUAUCAAUUAAAAUGGGUAUUUUUUGUCGAUAUCCAAAUUCCAUUAGUGAUUUUGAAAAAUUAAACUUCGAUAUUCAAAUGCCUUGUGAUACAGUAUUAUUUGUGCAAAGAACAACAGUAUAUGAAAGGUUAGGCGAGCGAGAUUUGGAAGAAGGUCGGCCAGCCCUACGAAUUCUCGAUGCUGCUGUGAUCGAUGGUGAUGAUAUUAGUGAUUUACCAUAUGAUCAACGAAUGCAAGCCGCUCAAAAAUUGUGUGAUGUUAUAAGAUUGGCUCAUGAUCCUCCCGGUAGACGACCAGCUCGAGCUUUUGCUGCCAGAUUAUUCAAAUUGGAUAAACUCUGCCAUGAAUUAGAAAAAUUCCAUAUUGUCCGAUCACGAGGCGAAGAAAUUGCAGUUGUUGAAGACCAACCUGGAGCAUUUUUCUAUUGUCGUGGGAUGCGCGUUGUUUCAAUUUUAAUUGAACCGUGGAUUUUAUGUUGGUCAAAGAGUAAACAUAGAAUAUAUGCUUUUGAUAAAAGUGGAAAUAACCGUCCUGUUUUCUGUGAACAAUUCACAGAAUCUCAAUGCUGUGUUGGUUUUUGGAAAUCUAUUAUCACAAAAAAAUCGCAACCUCAAAGACCCAUAGAAAAUUACCAAUGGCGUUGGGAAUGGACAAAUCUUUUGCAAGGGGGCCAGUCUUAUGGAUGCAGACAAAUACUCGAAAAUGAAAACCACCCUAGUCUGCCAACAUGGCGUUCAAUUCAUAAUAUUGCACGCGAUCAGAAGAGAAAAAUAACCGGUCAGCAUUAA